AUGGUUUAUCCUCAAACACUUGUUCAUCCAUGCUUUGCUAUCAUAUUUAUGUUGUUCAUACAAUUCCAUCUUUUUACAAACAUUGAAGCUCAGAAUGGUGGUUUCUCCGUGAAACUGAUUAGAAAAAACUCUUCCCAUGUUUCAUACAAUCCAAACACUGCUGAAUCCCCUGUUAGUGCUUAUAAAAGUGAGUAUCAAAUGGAACUCUCUAUUGGAACUCCACCAACAAAAAUCUAUGCUGAAGUAGACACAGGUAGUGACCUUAUAUGGUUCCAAUGUGCUCCUUGUCCUAAUUGCUACCAACAAAUCAACCCAUUGUUUGAUCCUCAAAGCUCCUCAACUUACACCAACAUCCCCUGUGGAUCUGACUCAUGUAGUAAACUCGGUUCGACCACGUGUUCUCCCGAUCAACUGAAUUGCAUCUACACCUAUUCCUAUGCCGAUGAUUCCACAACACAAGGCUCAUUGGCGCAGGAAACAUUUACAUUAAAUUCAAACACAGGGGCACCUGUGUCUUUUCCAGGCAUUACUUUUGGUUGUGGACACAACGACAAUGGUUUAUUCAAUGAACGUGAAAUGGGUUUAAUAGGUCUUGGAAGAGGAACAGUUUCACUUAUUUCUCAAAUAGGUUCUUCAAUUGGAGGAAACUUUUUUUCUCAAUGUUUAGUUCCAUUCAACACUGAUCCAAGUGUUACAAGCACAAUGAGUUUUGGUACAGGGAGUGAAGUAACAGGGGAUGGUGUGGUUUCUACAUCUAUGUUUACUAUAGAUGAGUUCCCAACACAAUAUUUUUCUAUCUUACUAGGCAUUAGUGUGGAAGAUGUUAAUAUUCCCUUUAAUAAUGAUCCUUCAAUUGAAAUUACAAGUGGUAACAUGAUGAUAGAUUCAGGUACACCAGUAACUUAUUUACCAGAAGAAUUUUAUAACAAAGUGUUAUCAGAAGUGAAAAACAAGAUUUCAAUGCAACCUGCUCCGGGUUCUAUGUAUUUAGACCUUUGCUAUGGAACUCCGAAUCUUGAAGGACCAACAAUUACGGCACAUUUUCAAGGAGGAGAUGUAGUUUUAACGCCAACUCAAACCUUCAUUCCACUAGAAGAUGGUCUUUUCUGCUUUGGAUUCGCCGCCACUAAUACUGUGUAUGGUGUUUAUGGCAACUAUGCGCAAUCAAAUUACUUGAUUGGCUUUGAUUUGGAUAAACAACUUAUCUCCUUCAAGCCAACGGAUUGCACCAAGUUUUAGAGUUCUCUAUCAUAAUUGUUCAGUAGCUUUAAUAUUUUAUA